AUGAUUGCCUCGCUCUCGCGCUUUCCACUCCGGGCGCUGCUAGUGCUUCUACCGUUCUUCCUCGGCUGGAUAGUCUACCUGACUUUCUGGGAUAGCCCGUUUUACAUCCACGAACACGAAACUGCGAUCAAUUAUUCUGGCUUACACGCGAUUCCUGGCUCAAAUGUAUAUCCUCCGACACCCUCAAUACCUGGCGACGAUGAGGAAUACGUCGCGAUCUGCUUCACCGCGAAGAACGAGUCGCUGAACCUCCCAGAACUCUUCACGCACUAUUAUUACCAUGUUGGUAUCAGGCGCUUUUACAUCAUGGAUGAUGGCAGCACUCCUCCUCUUUCCACCUACUCCUACCCCAUUCCCAGCGAGCAUAUUACCUUUACCUAUAUCACCGCCGAGCAGCAUCACGAGCAUAACAACCAGCUCUUCUUGAACGACGAAUGCGAGCGCCUUUAUGGCGACAAACACACAUGGAUGGCACAUUUCGACUGCGACGAGUAUCUCGAGGUCGUACGACGCAACGAGACGCUCGUCUCUAUAUUGAAGGAUCUGUCGCUUGAUCCGCGUGUUGGCCAGUUGGGUAUCAAUUGGCAGGUGCACAAUUCGAACAACAGGGAGGUGCGGCAGAAAUCCAUUCGGAAGGGCUAUACAUCGUGUAUUGACGACGAUCCCGCUUCGAAUGGCGAGCAAUCGCGAAAUAGACAUGUCAAGUCUAUUGUACGGACGGACCGAUUUCUAGACUCAAGUCAUGGACCAGAUCACCCACAUACAUUUAGAAUGAAGAAUGACAGCAUCGCUGUCGGAGAAGAUGGAAGGGAGUGGUCCACCGGCCUGGAGCUUGCUGGAUAUCCUUCUCCGUGGCGGUGGCCACCGACACGGAAUAGGCUCACGCUACAUCAUUAUAAUAUCAAGAGUCGGGAGGAGUACGAAGAGAAAAUGCUAAGAAGUCAGCAUAUAGAGGCUGGGAAGACAACCUGGCAGUUCUUUGAUGAUGAAAAUGCAGUCCCUCGUUGGGAAUGCAAAGAGAUGGCAGCUUAUGAUCCAUAG